AUUGGCAGACAGUCUGCGCUGGAGCAGUACCAGUGUCAGUCGUGAGCGGAGUGUGAGUGUGUGUUUGUGUGUGAAUGUGUGUGAGUGUGUGUGGCAGCAGAAGAUUUCUGAAGAUGCUGGAGAGAUAGCCAAUCUGACGGGAUGGCCGGAAUCAUUAAAAAGCAGAUCCUGAAGCAUCUGUCCAGGUUCACUAAGAACCUCUCCCCAGAUAAGAUCAACCUGAGCACACUGAAGGGAGAGGGUCAGCUGUCCAACCUGGAGCUGGAUGAGGAAGUGCUGCAGAACAUGCUGGAUCUGCCCACCUGGCUGGCCGUCACCCGUGUCUACUGCAACAAGGCUGCUAUACGGAUACAAUGGACAAAGUUGAAGACCAGUCCCAUAUGUUUGUUCCUGGAUAAAGUAGAAGUUGAAAUGAGAACCUGUGAGGAACCGCGGCCCCCAAACGGCCCUUCUCCAAUUGCCAUUACUGCAGGCCAAAGUGAGUAUGGCUUCGCUGAGAAGGUUGUGGAAGGAAUGUCUGUGAUCAUCAACUCAAUCACAAUUAAAGUUCAGGCCCGAGCGUUUCAUGCCUCCUUCGAGCUCUGGCAGCUCCAGGGCUGCAGCCUCAAUCCCAAAUGGCAGAAGACCGACCUUCGUCACACACGCAUUACACAUCCUAAGAGAGGAGAGGUCCUAACGUUCAAGGAGAUCAACUGGCAGAGCUUGCGCAUAGAGGCGGACGCGAUUGAGAGUGACGAACAGGAUCUGGGCAGCACACCGCUGCGCCUCAUUACCAACCAAGGACGUAUACGCAUCGCUCUCAAACGCAGGGUGAAGGACUGUAAUGUCUUGGCCUCUAAGCUGUUCUUUAUACUGGAUGAUCUGCUGUGGGUGCUGACAGACUCUCAGCUCAAGGCCAUUAUCCACUACGCCAAGUCUUUAAGUGAGGCCAUGGAGAAGUCCGCGCAGCAGAGGAAGAGCAUGGCUGCUGAAACACUACAGACUGCUCCUCCCUCUCCUGGGAUCCACUCUCUGUGGACUGAACCUCCUCCACCUGAAGCGGUCGGGACUCACAGCACACUGGCCCAGUAUUUUGACCUCCAUGAUGUUAAAGAAUCAUCCUACCACACUUUCAUCUCCCGUCUUGACCUGCAUAUCUGCAACGACAGCUGUUCAGAUUCUGAUGAAGCUCCGCCUCCAGGCACGCAGGGUGCAAUGCAGCUGACCCUCCGGAAGCUGGGCUGUGAUUACUACCCUUUCCAUAGACCAGGUGAUGGCUGUCGGCACUGGGAGCGUCACUGCGGAGCGAUGGAGUCUCGUGCUCAGUGGGCGGCCAAACUGCUGCAAGAAUUUCAGAGGAGGGUGGAGGAUCUGGGCAUCCCUGGACCUCACACAGAACCAAAUGUGUCUGCUAAAGACUCUCCAGCCAAAAAAGUCAAGGCAGACGGGGAAUCACUGUCCAAUUUCAGUCCUGAACGGACUCAGACCUCACGGCGGACAUCAGCAGCCGCCCCGUCCUCAGGAACCCCACUGAAGAGACUUCGCUCCAGCUGUAUGGUGAUCCGUGUGGACGAUCUGGACAUCCAUCAGGUGUCCACCGGAGGCCGUCACAGCAAGAAAACGCAGUCUCUCCUCUCCUGCAACCGCAAAUCCCUACAUCUUCCAGAAAACACUCCUGCAAUUCACCUUCAGUUCACUGAAUACUACUUCCCUGAUAACCCUGGACUUCCUGUUGUGUUAGUACCCUGCUCUAAUCUUUAUGCCCAGCUGAAUGGUCUGCAGCUGUGUCUAGAUGCUCCAAGCGUCUUGUGGAUGACUCUGUUUUCACGGGGUCUACACAGGACACUAGAUCAGGUCAAAGCCUUUUACCACCUCCAGGACAGCACCAAAGCAGACGAACACAUCGAUAUCCGCCUGGAUGCAACACAGCUGAAGCUGAUCAUUCCUCUGGAAUCCUCCAUUUUGGAUCACCCAGAUCGCCCUCAGUCACUAAGCAUCAGUCUUCCUCAAAUUGUCCUCAGCAACACGCGUCACUCUCCUCACGGCUCCCGUUCGGACCUCAAUAGCAUUUACAACAGCUUCUCCGCCUGUCCUUUCUUCCAUCCCACAGCUUGCCAACCGUUCCCUCGCGAUCAGAGCCUCCUACAUCCCCUGCCAUCAGCAUUCCUUCAACACUUUCUAGAAAACGAGUUCCUAUCAUUAGAGCACAAACGUCCCUCUCGCUCUCAGGAUGUCUGGUCUGUCAGUCUGUCCCGAGUGACUCUAGGCUUUGAGGGGGCUCGUCGAGGGCUCAGAGGGAAAGCCCUUCCCUUCGUGGAGCCCUUUGCCAUGUCUUUGUGGAUGUGCCGCCCUUCUGCCUUCAAAAAAGAUUCUCGUUGUUCAAGCAUAGAUGCCGAUUCAAAAUCUCCCACCGGUUCUAGAAAACAUCCCCUCUUUGACUCACCACAGGGUGUAAAUGACGUCAUAUCUGACAAAGUCAACCAGAACGAGGGUCUAGUCAACUCUCCCUUGGCCUCCAUCCAUAUUUUGGCCCAAUCGAUCACUCCUGUCAAAAUGUGGCUCAACCACUACCAAUUUGUAGCCCUUUUGCGGAUGAAGGACUACCUUGCCCGGCUUGCUGGAGAUUUGACCAAGGACUUCCAGGGUUUGGGACAAUCCAAACAUAAAUCAUCAGAUCCUCCUUCAGUUUGUGUCUCAGUCCUGAUGGAGGCGAUUGAGCUUGCUCUACUGCUUCCUCCUGCAACGUGCGAGCCAGAAGAAGCCAAUUCUCCAGUGGAAACAGACACUCCUAGCUUGACAGACUCUGAUCUCUCGCCAUCACACCAUGCUGGUGAGCCUGGCCUGCUGGAGGACAGUGGGACAGGAGGGAAUGAGAAUCAAGAAGAUGAUGCUGAGCAGGAGGGUUCGGUAGAGGAGGCUUGCGAAGCCAUUGAAGAGGGAAUGGAUGGACAAACGGGGCAGGAUGGUGAAGCUCAGGCCGUUGUUCCUGUCAUGUCUCCUCUGCCAGACAACCCUGCAUUACUGUCCCGGCAUAGCUCCACUUUCAGCUUGGAGGGGGAGCUAUCCAGUGCCCUGAAUGCCACCAAAGGGGUCACCAAAGAUGCAUUCACCGCCUCCAUGGAUCUCACCAAAGGGGCACUGUCCAUCACGAAAGAUGCCUUCAGCAUCCUGAGCCGAGGUUCUGGCAUGACUAAACUCUUCACUCCUCAAAACAAGGAGCAAAGUUUACGGCCAGAGGAGUCCAGUCCCUCCAUCAUGGGGAAUUUACGGCUUCAGUCCAUGAAACAGUCGCCUUCCCAGAGUUCCUGUGACAGUGCCAUUUUAGAGGGUAGUCUGGCGGACGAUGGCUUAUCCAUUGACAGUGACAUCAGUGAAAACUUUGUCAUUCUAAUGGACUCUGAGUCUGGUGUAGAGUCUUUGCGUCCUAAUGGUACAGGUGUCCACUCGGGCAGCUGUGUUAGUCCUGCUCCAGGAACAGAAGGCGGGUCAUCGGCAGACCUCAGCAGCUCUCUGUCCCAGAGCACUGAAGACAUUGCCCAAGAUAUGGUGUCUGUGUUAGUUCUGUGUCUGAGUCGAAUGGGGUGCCUGACAGAGAUGCGCGGUGAAGAUAUUGUCGUGGCGCUGGAAGCACAGGAGCUUGUGCCUAAACAACAUGGCAACCAUAAAGUCACAGACCUGCUGGCUGGACUGACACUGACACAGGCUGCUUCUUCCUCUUCAAGUGCUCCACUAUCUCCGGGCCCCCACUCCCUCUCCAGUCCCCCGGCAGCGUCCCUCAGGUUGGAGAUGGGGCCGCGUGCGAGCAGACACUCUCCUCUGUCCGAGAGCGUGGGGUUCAUGGAGAUGUGCUUGACAGGGUGCAGAGCAGAGCUCCUGGCUUCUACCUUAAACACACUGGGACCCUUCCUAGAGGAUGAGCUCAGCGCAGACCCCCAGCCAAUGAGACUGUGGUUACGGGACACUGCUAUUACACUAAAGGAUGAUGGUCCUCGUGUCUACCCAACUGCUCCUCAACCAGUUCCUGUGCUCUUCUCUCUGGACGGCAUUAUGCUGGAGCGUUUGGAUGAUGGGAUCCUCUGCUUGAGAUCUGCACAGAGCCAAUCAGGGAUUGAGACAGAAGGGAACAGAGAGAGAGAUGACCAAUCCUCCGUUAGAGUUGAGGAGAAGAACAAGUCUCUGGAGUCCAAACUCAUGGACGUCCAGUCAGCUCUUGAGAAAGCUCUGUCUGACCGAGAGCGCCUGCUACAGGAAGUCAGGAAACACAACCCCUCCUUCACCUUAUGAUGUACAAAGGGAAAGAACCAGACUUCAGUCCAAAUGAGGCACAAGAUAACAUGUCUUGUAGAUAAACCAGAAGAACAAGACCUUUGCCUUUUCUGACUCAAAGUUCUCAUCCAUCCCUUUUUGUUCCUUUAAUCGCUUACAUCUGAGUGUAAGAUCAGACGCCAUCUCUUCAGUCUCUGUGAGCGUCCUCCACCGAGUCUUCCUGUAUAGUGACUUUUCUCUGUUUGUGACUGCACUACAUUCGCUCACCAAGUUUCCAGUUGGAGGAGGACUGAAGUCAACAGUGAAAUGGAUAACACAUGCAAUCUUUCACUGCCGCAGACCCUCUUUACAGCACAAUGGAUCAUCUCUUCACUUCUGGUCAGCAUGCUUCUUGCACAUUAGUAAUUUUUGAUUUCAUGACUGGACUAUGUAAAGCUUCUGGAUUUUAUAGACAUGUCCGAGUGUUGUUUGGUACCAAGGCUAUGUAUUGCUGGUAGACAUAAGCUCUGUUCCAAAACCUAGUGAGCAGCCUACAUAGACAGGGCUGAGUUGACAUUAUCGAUUUGAAUCAUUCUUCGUUUUGAUGAACAGAUAUUGGCUGCGUUCACUUUGACCCUGUUUACACCUGGUAUUAAGAUGCGUUUUGGUUGAUAAAUUGAUUCUCUAUACAAUGAUUCUGGAUCGAUUCUGUUAUUUUCCGGAUGUAUCGCGAUUCUCUCUCGAAUCGAUUCUGAGCUUAGUUUUAACAGCAUAUGGCGCUCUAGGCUAGUUUUUAAUUGCACACUCAAAUGCUCAUGAAGAAGAGUGCUGGAGAGUCAUGUAAUUGGUAUAAUAUACUUCCACCUUGGCUCAGAAUGCUUUUAUGACGUGAGAUUAAUGUAAACAGCCCACUGCGAACACCCUUGUAAUUCGAUUCAAUGAUUUCAAACUUUAUAAAUUAUUAUUUUAGGUUUUAUUGGUGUGUGUAAAGGAAUCGGAAGCGGCAUAGUACGGGUGUUUCUAAAGCACAUAGCACCAUCUGCUGUUAAAAACUAAGCUCAGAAUCGAUUUCAGAGAGAAUCACGAUACAUCGGAAAAUAUCAGAAUCGCUUUCAUAUCUGCUCUGGCAGCAGCAAGACCACGACGAACACUGAGUGUGUGUUAGAAAUCAGGAAUGGUGAGAGAACAUUGUGCUUGGUACAUUUUUCAUCUUCAAAACCUAUUUGGGUCGUCAGACGACUAAGUUUAAAUUCCAUCUGGCUAGCGCGCUUCCCAUUAUGGUUACUCAUUAAGUCAGUAGGCGGAGAGUAGGCAGUCUUUUGUGGCUGUUCAAACACAAUUGCCCAUAUGAGCAUUUACACUACGAAAGCAAUCCGGUCAAAUGCGUCUUCAACUACCUCUGGAAGAAGUCGAAUGUGGACAAGCUCAAAAUGUUUUAGACCCCAUUUAUACCUGUAUUUAGCAUCAUCCACUUAUGAUCCGAUCGACCAAAACGCAUCUUAGUGACUCUGUUUACACCUGGUAUUGUCAGUUUCUGGGAUUGACAACCGCAUUUACUUACAGGUGUCUCGAAAUGUCCCAUUCACAGAGCAACUUAUCCUAUAUAUAUAAUAUAGGAUUUAAUCAAAUCUGGAUUGGAAUCUAAUUGAUUCAUGGAAUCUGUCAAUACCCAAGACAUUGUAGACGGGUUUUUAAUACAAAAGGUACUCAGCAUAUUAUGCUGCUCUCAAAGAUACUUUGUUUUGGUCAGAGGCAGGCACUAUUUGCUGAUAAGCAAUCCCAGAAUGCAAUUAGCAGGAAUAAAUCAAGAUGGUGGAUGGAGUCAAGAGAAAUGCAGAUUAUACUGUAAAUAUGCAUAUUUCAUUGAAUCCAUUUCAUAUGAACUGUUUUAUCCAAUAUUCAUGUGCAAUUUGUGUUUUUUGUGCUUAUUAAUGUAUCAAGCUGUUAGCUUAACAUUUCAAAUCAGUCACUUAUGAGGUUCCAUGACUGUUAGAAUGCUGCCUUUGAAGGUAACUAGUAAAAGUCAAAAACAAAGCAGCUUACUAGGUUUAGGAACAGAGCUGUGGAUUUGACUUGUGUACUUUAUAGUAAGUUUCUUAUUGGCUGCUAUUCAGCUGCAUCAGUGCAGUGUGUAGAGUAGAGCUGAUGUGUGUAUUAUUCAUGAAAGGAGCUGAAACAAAAGCACUUUGACUUUAAUGCACAGUGUCACUGCUAUAUAUCACCCUUUAUCUGAGAUUUAAUGUACAACAGAUGGUACUUAUAUUAACCAACACGUCAUCAGAGUCUCUGAGUCAGUCACUGUAUUGAGAUUAUGUCCAUUUCUUCUAGCGUAAGAUCUCACGUCUCAUACUGUACAUCUGAAAUGUAGCAAAAGUCACAUUGGUGCCAAAGCUAGUGUUAAUACAAGUUGCUCCACAGGGACUUUUGUGAAGUCACUUUUAUUCAGUAUUAUGGUCAUAAAAUGCGUCCACAUCCUUAUAGAACUCAUACUUACAACUUGUAAACUCAUAAUUUUCUGAGAGCUUCGACUUGUACCACCUGAAUGCUGUAGAUUCAUAAUGCCUUUGAUAGUGUUGAUAAUUUCGACUCCGAGGACAUGAACAGUUCUGAGUAGAACGUCACAUGUCACGGUAAUUACAACAUGGUGUGAACGCAGCUGAACGCAGCAUUAAUUAAAAACAUUUGUUUUGUUUAGUUUUGUUCAUAGUCUGUUACACUUGAGACAUUCAAGUUACUUUGAGACAUUUCAUCUGUAGAGUUCAGAAAAAAAUAUUAAUGUUUAUGCAUUCUUACUUGAACUUUAUUUGUAUGAGGAGAUGGUUUCUUGUGACUGAAUGAGUACAAAGUACAGCAAUGAAACUGGCAUUUUCAUUUUUUAGUGUUGGCUUUAGUUUUAAACCCCUUUUAAAUUGUUUAACUAGGAGUUGUGAUGAAAGAAUGAUGUGAAAAGUGUUUGUUUGAUGCCCUGUACAAAAAUGUAUUUACUUUAUAACUACAGCUUUUUGACACUUUUAAGUUGUGCACUGUAAAGUUUAGGACUAUCACAAGGCUUAUUUUCAUGGUAAAUCAGUAUUAUGAGGCUGAUAAAUCUUGCCUCUGUGAUGAUUUGUAAGUAAAGAGUGGGUUUAUAGGAAACAGCUGGAUGAAUGUGGCUCCUCCAGGCCUGUAUGUCCUAUCAACAUCCAUCUGUCCUCAAACAUGUGGACUGAUCAGCAAGUGUCUGGUUGUUUCAAAUGUGACACAAUUUUGACUUGCAUUUCUGUUUCUAUAAGAUGUUUAUCAACCUACGAUGGUUCCAGUGUCUCUGUGCUUUAGCUUUCAGUGAAAUGUGUAGCAUUUAUAUACACUAAACAUUCUCUGUUAGUGUAUUAAGAUAUUUCUGUCUUCCAAAAACCUUUGGAAAACUAACGGUUACAAUUGUCUAAACUGUAAAGACAUUUCCUGUAGAUGGUAGUAAUGGAAAUAUUAUUCUUACGAACAAAAAACUUCAUUUAGUGCAUGGAAGAAAAAAAAAGUUUGUUUUAUGCAUGACUUUACUUGAAAUCUUUCACAAGUGCAACAUCAUCAAGGUCAAAAGACUGUUGAGUGAGGGUUUUAAUUUAUAUAUUUUAUUUAAGGGUCAUUAUUUUACUGUUGUAGAUGAGUAUUGCAUAUGUGAUCAGAGCAUAUGAGGAUAUGUUAAAUAUUGACCUGAUUUUACUAAUUGUAUUGAUUGUUUUUAGCUGUGUAGUUGGUACUAAAUUUCUAUUUCUAUGUGUGCAGUUAAAUCAAAUUAUUUGCCCAGUAAGACGAAUGUUUUGUUUUAUGUUCAAAGAUGUCAGACAGUGGUUGAUCUUUUCUCAAGAACAGAAUGAUUAAUCUCUUUGGUGAGCUGAGUGAAUGUCGACAUAGUUAAUGAUUUCUGAUAUAUUUGUAAGAAAAAAAAAUGCCCUUUUAUAUACAAACUAAUUUUACGUUUCUCCUCUAGAGUUUCGGAAAAGAUCUCAACAAUGUCUUAGACUGUGCUCAGAUUUGCCAAGAUACCAAAUUCUGUAAACCAAAUGUCAGAGAUUUCAAUAUGAAUUUAAACAUUUCUCAUCAAAUUCACAAAAUGAUUCGAGCUGCCAUCCAUAUAUUGUAACUAUUUCUCCAAAGGCAGUUUUAAAGAAGUUUUUUUUUUUUUUUUGGGCAGCAGAUACAGUGUUAGAUUAUAGGAUUGGGACAUUUUAAGUAGUUGAAUUGAGUUGUCUAACUGAUCGUCUUGUUUUGGUUAAUUGAAUGGCAUGUGUUCAUCCCAGUUCAUGUCGUGCUGACCUGCUGUGGAUAAAAUAUUUAGUUUGACCUCUGAUCUUUUCAUUACAGUAUGCUAAUGUCAUUUCACAUUUUAUAUCACCACCAUUAAAGUCAUAGAACAAAACAUUAAAACAAAACUGAUAUUUUGUUGGUUCUGUGAACCAUAACUGUGUGAAAAUGUCACCAAUGAUGAUCAAUAAAAUGUUUCUUGAAGUUGAA